CUUUAACAAGUUUGUUUAAAUAAGAAUUUUUAUUUUUCUCCAACAGAACAUCCACAAAAAAAAGUUUAUUUUUUUCAAGUGCCAAAUUUUUUUUUAUCACAUCAGAAAAGUUAAAUAGAACAAAAAUGAAGAAAUUUUCGGUUCUUCUUAUAGCAUUGUUUGCAACUGUCAUCCGUUGUCAAGAGACCAGUGUCGACGAGAAUUCGAGUGUAACAACUGCUGAAGAGAGUGGAAAAGAAAAACGCGGCAUUUCACUAAAUUUGGGUUCAGGACUGGACGGUUACAGCUAUUCGGGCCAUCCAAGUUAUUCGAGAGGAUUACAACGUGGUUACUCUGGGGGAUAUGCUCCAAUGACAGAAUAUGGUUACGAUGGUGUGAAUUACGGCAUUGGCUCACAAAACUUUGCUGGCGGAUAUCAAGGAAGUUAUCAGGGCUAUAACUCACCUUAUGGAAAUUAUCCAUAUGGCUAUCGUGGUGGCUAUCCAACAUCGUACUCGUAUUUAAGGCAAUAUAAUACGCCUGUGAGCACAAACCCAUACGGUGGAAUUGGAACAGUUUAUCCAUACGGAAGUUCUUAUGGCAGUACCGGUUAUGGCAGUACUGGAUAUGGCAGUGGACAUGGAACAGGGUAUGGAAGUACAUAUGGCAGUGGAACAGGCUACGGAAGCACAUAUGGAAAUGGUUAUGGAACAGGCUAUGGAUCCACAUAUGGCAGCAACGGAUAUGGAAGUACUUAUGGAAGCUCCGGAUAUGGCAAUGGUUACUAUUAAUCGUGUGGCUGCAUAAUCCAUCACUUAAUCUGUAUACAAUGCUCCAAAAAUUUAUUUGAAUGUUAAAGCAGACAACAACGAAAAUUUAGGAAAUAAAGCUAUAAAAAUAUUUUUUAUUGCCAUUGAA